AUGGGCCCCAAGAAGAACACCAAGGGUGCGGAGAAGAAAGGGACUGAGGAGAAGGGCAAAGCAGCAGCCAAGGGUUCUAUGAAAGGCGGGCAGUCGAUCAACGUGCGACACAUUCUGUGCGAGAAGCAUGCCAAGAAGGAAGAGGCUCUGGCCAAGCUACGUGAGGGCUCCCAGUUCAAUGUAGUCGCGACCAAUUUCUCCGAGGACAAGGCCCGGCAAGGUGGCUCUCUCGGAUGGCAGAGCAAGGGGAGUCUGGAUCCUGCGUUUGAGGCGGUGGCUUACGGUCUGGAACCGAGUACCACGGCCAAUCCUAAGUAUGCAGAGGUGAAGACCAGUGCUGGAUAUCACAUCGUCAUGGUGGAGGGACGGAAAUGA